UGACUGGGAGGUCUGGUGGGAGGUCGUGAAUCCCCGUGUGAUCCCGACUGCGGGGUCAGGAAGUGGGGUUCCGGACGCGCCGUAUCCGGGGUAGGACGUGCUGCUACUCGGAAGGGCGGCGACCGUCCGCGUCCUCCAACCCGCCGGGGCGCCCGGUCCACUCCCCUCAGCGGGUAAACAAACACUAGCGAGUGACUCGUCAGACUUGGAAGCAGCUUCACCCCCAUCCCCGAAAAGCUGCUGCUUCCAGGUCGCCACGUACAUCCGCGCUCUUUUCUCCCGGGAUCCUGCGGCGGGAAGCCGGGGCGGACCUUGUUUAGACAGCCGGCAGCAACUGUCCGUCCCACCUCUCCUCUUUAUCCACGCUAGCACUUCGACAUCGCUACCAGAUCUGCCUGAACCGUUCGCCCUCGGUCGGCGGCUGGCGGCGUGAUGGACCUAGCCGGGCUCCUGCUGGACGAAGAAGGUGCCUUUUCCCUCACCGGCUUCCAGGACUUCACGUUCCUCCCUGGACACCAGAAGCUGAGUGCCCGAAUCCGAAGGAGAUUGUACUAUGGCUGGGACUGGGAGGCGGACUGCAGCCUGGAGGAGCUCUCCAGCCCCGUGGCAGACAUUGCUGUGGAACUUCUCCAAAAGGCAGCCCCCAGCCCAAUCCGAAGACUCCAGAAGAAAUAUGUGGCUCAUGUGUCUCGAGAGGCGUGCAUCUCCCCUUGUGCUAUGAUGCUAGCUCUGGUGUACAUUGAACGGCUCCGGCACCGAAACCCAGACUAUUUGCAGCAUGUAUCAUCCUCUGACUUGUUUCUGAUCUCCAUGAUGGUGGCCAGUAAGUACUUGUAUGACGAAGGGGAGGAGGAAGAGGUCUUCAAUGAUGAAUGGGGAGCUGCUGGGGGUGUGCCAGUACCCACUCUUAAUGCCUUGGAAAGGGGCUUCCUGAGUGCCAUGGACUGGCAUCUCUACACUGACCCUCGAGAGAUAUUUGAGGUGCUGAGCUGGCUGGAGAGCUGUGUUGCUGAGCAUCAGGGUCGGCGGCGGGGCUGGUACACCUACACAGACCUGUGUGUGCUGCUGGAGCAGCCGACCUGGCAACUGGCUCUUGGCUUCCUCUGCCAGCGGCUGGUUAAGCUGUCCUGCCUAUUAGCCAUGGCGUAUGUGAGCAGUGUGGCCUUUGCUGUGGCAUCAGUAGCUGUAAUACACCAGUCCUUGGGGCUGUCCUGCAGCCCAUCACCUGGCCCCCCUAACCUUGGACUAGUCUCCAAGGGCUUCUUGGAGCCCUGUAUACCUUCCCCUGUGACACAGUGCCUAGUGUCUUCUGCUAACAUCUCCAGCUGCCUGGAAGGCGACACAGGGCUGCGUUCACUUUGGGGCAGUCUUCUUGCCUCACUGACUCCCCCACCACUUCCUCCUCCAGAGCCCCCUGCCCCACCCACUCUUUUCCAAAACUGCCCCCUUUGCCAGAACCUCCAGAGAGAUCCUCCCACCUGCCAUGCUUGCCAACACCCUAACCGAACAGUACCCACUGGGCCUUCCAGCCCCUGGGACCACACCUAUGGCUUGGCCCCACCUUGGGCCUGGAGCCCUGUGGCCCCUCCGUUCCCUCAACCCCAGCAGUGUUCCCUUUUCAGCGUCAUGGAACUGGCUCGCCUCAAAUCUUUCAUUUUCCCAGGUUAGGUAGAGUUUUGACAGAUGUACUAAGAGGGUUUGGGAGUUCCUUAGAUCUGGAAGAAGGAAGCUUGAUUAGAUCUCCGCUGCCUCUCUGGGUCCUUGGUGUUUCCCUGUCCUCCUGGGUAGGAGCAUAAGGGGUUGUGGGCAGAGGGACUGAAGGUCAUGUACUCUCCUAGAGCUCAGAGACUGAUUGGCAGGCCAGGGCAGAGAUAGUGCCUGGAGCAGCCUCAGUUCAGUUACCAGGGGGCCAGGAGGUCCAUCUCUGCUUCCCCAAGGUUCUUACAGACGGCUUUUGAGUGUCCUAGGAUAGAAAGGUAAAAGGAAGGCUAUAAGGGAAGCAGGGAGGGGGCGGGGGAAGGAAACAUUGACAUGGGCCUGUGUGAUGUCCCUGAAGCCAGAGAGCCAGGGACUGACAAUGCCAAGUAGUAGCUGCUACAGGAAGGCUAUGUGAGGGGGCAGAGCUUUCCAUAACCAUCCCUUGGAUGUAGUAAUGGAGCCAGAUACUGGUGGGACCUUCAGCCUUGACGUUUUGUCUUCCAACCUCAGUUUCCUACUCCAAGACUUUCCUCUUUUCUGGUUCCUCCCUAAGUGUUCUCUUCACAGGCCUCUCUGGCCACUGCUUUGUAUCUGGGUUUUUCACGCUUUUGUAGAACUGAAGUUUCAAUAAACAGUUUCUGUUGCAUGGCCUGGCCUUUUCCUUCUGCGGCAGCCCUUAAAGAUCCUCUUUGUAUCUACCUCUAAGCCUCCCUCCUUCCUGAUCCUAUCAUCUUGCUAGCCAUGUUUCAGGACCUCCGUAUUUGAUAAGACUAUGAAAACCUCCUGUUUCAAAUUACCCCUCAUCCCUGCUCCCAGCAUCCUAAAGCACUAGCUGCACUCAAUUUGUCCUGGCACAGGACAAAAAUGGCUAUCCCUUGCUUGGGGUUGGCUCUGUUGCACGUUCUGGGUGAGCACCAGCUUUGUGGAUCCUUGGAUCAAGCCAAGCAGAGACCCCUGAGCUCCUUAAGGGCAAGCCUGAAGACUUACACUCACCUCUCUACCAGAUGGACUCAUGGAGAUAGUUGAUGAAUAAAGAACCAGAGCUGGAUCAUUACUGGAAGAAGAGUCUAGACCAUUGGCUGUAGGGUAUUUGGAUUGCUGACCAUCAUCCACAUCAUGGUGCUGCUGCCCCCUAGGGGGCAUUUUGCAGACAUGGGACAUUUUUUUUGGUUGUUACAAGGACUUGGGGGUUGGGGGUAGGGGUGGGUAUGCUCUUUGACAUUCAAGCAUGAGCCAGGAUACUAGAUACCCUAAAAAGCUCAAAAACUUUCUUUACUAUGAAGAAUUUGCAAGAUAAAUUUUGAAUGAUGAGCUGAUAAUCAUAUGUGAAACUGUUUAUCUGAGCCUUACACUGUAUUUUUAUUUUAGAAGCAGAGUCUUACUAUAUAGCCUGACUAGCCUGUGAGUUCCUCUAUCUUGUCAUCAAUUCUGGCCAAACCUAAAACUAUACCAUUUUACAUGCAGAUAUGAAAUCAUUUUUUCACUUUUUUUUAUGCCUGUAUUGGGGCUUCAACUCAGUUUAAGUACUGUCUCUUAUCUUUGUUUAGCUGAAGGCUGGAGCCCUACCACUUGAACCAUUGCUCCACUUUUUACUUUUUGGAAUCUCAGACCCUGCCUAGACUGCUUCCAAUCAUGAUCCUCAGAUCUCAGCCUCUUGAGCAGCUAGGAAUACAGGCAGGAGCCACCAGCACCAAACUUUUGUUUUUCUUAUUCUUUCUUUGCACCUUUUUUUUGGGGGAGGGGAAAAGCCUCAAUCUGCCAGGAAUACACAACCAUGUAAAUUAAAACUGUACUUAAUUUUGUUCUACAUGUUAUCAAGAGUUUGUUCACCUUUUUGGAAAAGCAGUUCACCAGGUCAGUACUACUUGGGUCAUGACUUGCUAAUAAAGUGUCAUUAUCAGCCACCAGUA